AUAAAGGGCCAGAUGGCUGUGCUGCCCAAUUUAUACACAGGCCUCACAGGAGAAACACUGUCAGCUCCUUCUCCAAGGGCAGCACGUGGACCUGACCCCUCCUCGGUACUUAGCCCUGUUGGCAGUUAGCAGAGCACCAAGACUUGGCCCGGCUUUAAGGAGCAGCCAUUUCUAGAGUCAGAUCAGCCAAGAGUGCAGAGAGCCGGACUCAGGAUCAGAGGAAACAUGAGCAACCCUCAGCCUUUGGAGGAGGAGGUAUACGACAUGUCAGGCGCCCGCUUAGCCCUGACACUGUGCGUCACCAAAGCCCGGAAAGGUUCGGAGGCAGACCUGGACGCCCUGGAACGCAUGUUCCAGCAGCUGGGAUUUGAGAGCACCAUGAAGAGAAACCCCACCGCCCAGCAAUUCCAGGAAGAGCUGGAAAAUUUUCAGCAGGCCAUGGACGCCCGGGAUGACUUCAUCAGCUGUGCGUUUGUGGUGCUCAUGGCACAUGGGCUGGAAGGUCGCCUCAAAGGAGAGGAUGAGAAGAUGGUUGAGCUGGAAAACCUUUUCGAGGUUCUGAACAACAAGAAUUGCCGGGCCCUGAGAGCCAAGCCGAAGGUGUACAUCGUGCAGGCCUGUCGAGGAGAACACAGGGACCCCGGUGAAACAGUAAGUGGAGACGAUAUCGUGAUGGUCGCCAAGGACAGUCCCCAAACCAUCCCAACGUACACGGACACCCUCCACAUCUACUCCACUGUGGAGGGGUACAUCGCAUACAGACAUGACAAAGAGGGCUCCUGCUUCAUCCAGACUCUGGUUGACGUGUUCACAGAGAGGAAAGGACCCAUCCUGGAGCUUCUGACAGAGGUGACCCGGCGGAUGGCAGAGGCAGAGCUGAUUCAGGAAGGAAAAGCAAGGAAAGUGAAUCCCGAGAUCCAAAGCACCCUUCGGAAACGGCUCUAUCUGCAAUAGAAAUACAAGGGGCAAGGAGGGGCUGUCUUUCAAGUGCUCUCUCUGCCCCACAGAUAUUUAGAGGCAGCUCUUACCCCAUCCCUAAAAUCUUUUCUUCUCAAGGCCAAGUGGCACCCAGCCCCCUCUUUCAUCACACCCCUCAAACAGAUCCUCCUUCCAUCUGUCCCUGUCCUUCUUAAAGCAAGCCAGCUAAAACACAGUACAAGGGCACAGCAAUAAUAUCACCUUCUUCAGGCUGGAAUCUCUAUCUCUAUUAAUGCAACCUAAGAGUACAUUCAAUUCUCCUAGUUUCUGCUCCUAUCUUCAACUGAAACCCUUUCUUUCUCCUAUUGAUUACACCUAGACAAAUGUUACCAGAUAAAGCUCAAGAUACUCUACUGAUAAACCAAUGUCCACUCGCCCCCUCCCAUCCCAAUCAAACUUCCACUGGCUCCUGAAUCUCACUUGGAAUGAUAACCUCCUCUUAAGAACUAUAUCCAUUUCCAUCUCCCAGAGAUUCCCUCCCUACCCCUGGAAAUUCAGUAAGGCAAGAAUCAUUCUCUUUCCAAGACUCCUCUUCCUUAGCAAAAUGGUGCCUUGACAUGAUUCUCCUUUUAGCUUAUGGGCUCUCUUUGGCUAAUAGAGCAGUUUCACUUUUUCUGAGUCUCUCCCUACUAACUAAUGCCUCCAAAGGCCCUGGACUCAGCCUUCUCUCCAAGAAAAUCCAUCCAUGUAUUCAUUCUCAAGGCUUCAUUUUUAACCAGUCUGAAUCAGAGAAUGUUGGAGCUAUGUCAAAUCCUCUAAAGUCACCCUACUUUUUGGACAGUAAGAUAGAGACCCAGAGAGGUUAAAAGGCUUGUCAAAUGCCACACAGGUAGUCAGUAGGGGGGUCAAGGUCUGGCUUCCAGCCCAGCCCCCUUGCCACUGCCUGCUAAGUCUUGAAUCAUCAAAACACUUUUCUUAAUUUUUUUAAUGUUUAUUUAAUUUUGAGAGGGGGGGACAGGGGAGGGGCAGAGAGAGAGGAAGACACAGAAUUUG